AUGGAGGAGGAGAACAUUCCGAUCCAGCCCUGUUUCUCCGACGAGGGUAUCAACUACAUGCACAUUCGGCACAACAACCUCUACCUGCUGGCGCUUUCGAAGCGUAACUCGAACGCGGCCGAGAUCAUCCUCUUCCUGCACCGGCUCGUGAGCGUGCUGGCCGAGUACUUUAAGGAAGUGGAGGAGGAGUCGAUCCGGGACAACUUUGUCAUCAUCUACGAGCUGCUCGAUGAGAUGAUGGACUUUGGAUAUCCGCAGACGACCGAGUCCAAGAUUCUCCAGGAGUACAUUACGCAAGAGUCGCACAAGCUCGAGGUUCAGGUCCGCCCGCCCAUGGCGGUCACGAAUGCCGUGUCCUGGCGCUCAGAGGGCAUCCGAUACCGCAAGAACGAGGUGUUCCUGGACGUGAUCGAGAGUGUCAACCUGCUCGUGAACGCGAGCGGCAACGUCGUGCGGUCCGAGAUUCUGGGGUCCGUCAAGAUGAAGUGCUACCUGAGUGGAAUGCCGGAGCUGCGCCUGGGUCUGAACGACAAGGUCAUGUUUGAGAACACGGGGCGGGCGGCGCGCGGCAAGUCGGUCGAGAUGGAGGACGUCAAGUUCCACCAGUGCGUGCGCCUGUCGCGUUUCGAGAACGACCGCACCAUCUCCUUCAUCCCACCCGACGGCGAGUUUGAGCUCAUGUCCUACCGCCUCUCCACCCCCGUCAAGCCCCUUGUCUGGGUCGAGGCAAGCGUCGAGCGGUACAAGAAUUCGCGCAUAGAGUACAUGGUCAAGGUCCGCGGACAGUUCAAGCGCAAGAGUACGGCGAACAAUGUCGAGAUCUACGUCCCCGUCCCGGAAGACGCGGACAGCCCGAAAUUCCGCGCCGCAACGGGAUCCGUCGUCUAUGCUCCCGAGAAGAGCGCGUUCAUCUGGAAGAUCAAGCAACUCGGCGGAGGAAAGGACUACCUGAUGCGUGCGCACUUCGGUCUGCCCUCCGUCGUCGGCGAGGAGCUCGACAAGCGUCCGCCCCUGCGCGUCUCCUUUGAGAUCCCCUACUUCACCCUCUCCGGCAUCCAGGUCCGGUACCUCAAGAUUGUCGAGAAGAGCGGGUACAGCGCGCUCCCGUGGGUGCGCUACAUCUGCCAGAGCGGAGACGACUAUGUCCUCCGCACGAUCACGGAUGCCAAGUCGUCCUCGAUCAUCACGCCGUUGUAA